AUGUAUUUAAUUACUUUUAUUAUUGCUCUUGGUGCUGCAGAGGUUUCUUAUCUAGGAACAGAUGGAUUCAGUAACUCUUCACACACAAAUAUAUUGCGAUCCAAAAGACGAACUGAUUGCAAUGCAGAUGAACAUGCAUGUAGUGAUUUCUGCAUUCCACUAGAGAGACAAUGUGACGGUGUGUUAGAUUGUUCUGAUGGAUCUGAUGAGGCAUCGUGUGAGAGGUUUUUCCAAUACCAAUGUCUUGAUGGUAAGAGGAUAUCAGUGGAUAAGCGAUGUGAUGGAACAAAAGACUGCGCUGAUGGAAGUGACGAAACUCACGCCCUCUGCCGGAAAAUGUCUUGUCCUGACUAUCUGUUCCGUUGUACGUACGGCGCGUGCGUGGACGGCACCGCUGCGUGUAACGGAGUGACGGAAUGCGCAGACGAAUCUGAUGAAUUGCAGCCACGGUGUCGUGAUCAAAGCGAUAUUGUUGGCGACAAAUUUCGUUGUAAGAGCGGUGAUCUGAUAGAUUUAUUUCUCGCGUGCGAUGGGAAUGCGGAUUGCGCUGAUCGGUCGGACGAGUCGCUCCGGGGAUGCGCAGGCGCAGUUUGCCAAACUAAUCUCUUUCAGUGCGCGUACGGCGCUUGCGUCGACGAGGGAGCUGAUUGUAACUAUAUCCAAGAAUGCGCAGACGGCUCCGACGAGUCUGACUUAUUGUGUAACCGGACCAUUACAACUACAACCACUACUACGGAGGCGCAGAUUAUUGUCGCUCCAAAAACCUGUUCGGUACCAGACCAUCCCAGAAACGGACUGUAUCGGCUGGCUUCACCCGCGACUUCCAAUCGCUACUUAACUUUGAACGUGUCCUGCAAGCCUGGAUACAAAUUGGUCGGAGACGAAACCAUACAUUGUUACAGCGGAGUCUGGUCCGUGGAGACUUUGCCCACUUGUGUACGGUCCUGCAAGCUGCAACCAUCAGACAGUGUGGUGUACCGUUGCCUGGUGACGGAGUAUGGCGGGAUUGACAGCACCAGGGAUUGUGGGAAGGAGGAGCUGGACGGUACGACGGUGCAGCCCGAAUGCCGGCGCCCGAAUUAUUACAGCCCCCAGGACUUGCCAUAUAUGUUCUGUACGGAUGGACAUUGGAAUUAUAAGCCUAAAUGCUAUCCGGAAUGCGGGACUGUAACCCCCAAAGGAGAGAUCCUGGUGAUAGGGGGCGGGAUGGCGGAAAGGGGUGCGGUGCCGUGGCAUGUGGGCAUUUACUUAAAGAAUAUGACUGCAGAAACGCAUAACCAGAUCUGUGGGGGUUCGCUUAUUAGUACUUCAAUUGUUAUAUCCGCCGCUCACUGCUUCUGGCACGAGAAGAUACAGCAACUGCCGAGUUAUUUGUACUCGGUGGCUGUUGGCAAACUGUACCGGGAUUGGGACCAUCCCUACGACUCGUUAUACGCCCAGCGACGGGACGUAUCAAAAAUAGAGUUAGCCUCGCGGUUCUACGGCGCUGAUUUGAAUUAUCAAUACGAUCUCGCCGUGGUGGUUGUCAACGAGCCGUUUUACUAUCGCCCCUAUAUACGUCCGCUCUGCUUGGACUUCGAUCCGAAACUGAAUGAGGAACAACUGAGAAAGGGGAAUAUGGGCAAGGUAGCAGGCUGGGGCCUGACAACGGGCUAUGCGGGGUCAGAAUCUCCCGUUUUGAAAGUACUGGACGUCCCAUUCGUACCAUUUGACGAUUGUGUCAACAACACUUCGAGGGAUUAUAAGGAGUUCUUGGCUGCGGACAAAAUUUGCGCUGGACAUGCUAAUGGUACAACCCUUUGUAAAGGGGAUAGUGGUGGGGGUCUAGCGUUCCCAGCUUUGGUACAGUCCACCUCUCGGUACUUCCUACGUGGAGUUGUUUCCACCAGCCCACCCGCUAGAGAUACUCGCCUCUGUAAUUUAUACUCUUACACGGGUUUCACCAAUAUAUUGGCCCAUGAAAGCCUGAUUAAAGCCUAUUGGUAUGUUUGA